AUAUCAUUGUUUAUUAAAAUAUCAGGAUAAUGUGUCGAAAUUAGCGCGCUGUUCGAUUCAUUAGCACAACCAUUAAAAAAAAAACAUUUACAUAUCCUAUUUUGUUGAGUUUCCGAUCUGGCAACAAGUUUUUUUUAGAGGUGGAACUUAUGUCGGUAAAUCGUAGCUCGUUGCCGGACUGUCGAAAAUAAAUAAUAACAAAUAAUAGCGAAAAUCAAUGGACGACGGCGAGCUGAUCAAACUAAUAGAGAGCCACCCGAUCCUGUACGACAAGGACAGCGCCAGGAGCGUUAAGAAUGCGGCACAGAAGGACGCGGCCUGGAAGGCCAUCUCCCAGAAGUUGGGCGCCUCCGAAAGGGCUUGCAUUACGCGCUGGAAGAGCAUCCGCGAUCGUUUUGGCAAGGAGUUCCGUCGCUUCCAGGAGCGACCCGACGAACCCACCUACUGGGACAUGUUCCCGCGCCUGCUCUUCCUCAAGGAUCACUACAAACAAGGACUGGCGAGGAAUGAGAGUCUGGAUGGGAUGCGUUUUGAGCCAAGGGAGCGAAAGAAGCGCCCAAAGGUGGACAUGGAGCAGGAGAAGCGGCGCAAGGACGAGGAAGAGGAGGACUGCCAGGACGACCUGUUGAACGAGCAGCUUAUCGAGCUGGUCAAGAUGCAUCCGGUACUGUACGACCGUCACAAGAUAAGGGUGUCCAAGAACCUGGCUGCCAAAAACGAAGCCUGGCGCGAGAUCUCCGAAAACCUCAAUGUGUCGGAGGAACUGUGCUACAACCGUUGGAAAAAGUUGCGCGAUCGCUUCGCCCGGGAAUACCGCAGCCAACAGAUCAACCAGGCCACGCCCAUCACCUGGCGCUACUUCAAUGAGCUCCUCUUUCUGGGUCGCCACUUUCGCAAGGGAGUGCCGCUGAUCUUGGAGAACAUUAAGCGUCGCGGACGGCCACCUAAGGCGGGCAAUCCCUCGGGGAAUCCCAGCAAACAGCCGGAGGGUAUGGUCAUUUCCAACGGCGAGCAGAUCUGGGGCGCAGACUAUCCCUACAGCACGGACAACGACGAACUGGAGGAUGAUCUGGAGCUGCCCUAUGACGAGGAGAUCGAGAUCCUUUCCGAGGCGGAGCAGGCAACACCCUAUGAUUUCAUCCUCAGCGAAGCUACGCCAUCGCAGGACUUGGAGCCACCGCAGCAAUUGCAGGUGACCACCACUACGCCGGCCAUGAGCGAGGAGAUAAUCCACACCAUCGACAGAGCGAAUCCCGUCGUGGAGGAGCUGUCCUCCAUCGUUGAGGACUCUGUCCCGCCUGCCACCACCUCCGACAAACUACUGACCACCGUGAUAGCCAACAUGGAGACCGUGCUGCAGCAAUCGCGGGAGUUGCAGGCCCAGUUCCAGCACGAGCAGCAGGAACAGGAGCGAGAGCAGCAGAGUGCGAUGCCGGCAAAUAGCCUGCUGGCCAAGGCUCAGAUGCUGCUGGACGGCCUGAGUCCGCUGGAGCGAUCAAACGCCGAGCGGAAGAUCGUGCAAUUCCUGUGCCAGUGCCAGAUAAAGGCGCUAGACGGGGAGGAAAUCGAGGAUGUGGCACCUUGUCAGGUGUUCAAUUGAUGGCAAGGGGAGAGUUCCUAUCUAGCUUGUUGUAAAUAAGUUCAUGUAGACUAGUUUCAUACUCUGUUUA